GCACCUUGGCGCUAACGGCGCUAACGAACUAGUAGUCUUUGAAAUGGAAGUGUUUGGUGAGUGGUUGGAAUUUUACUUCGAAAUUGUGUAGCUGUAUAUCAUGGCCCUUUCAUUUAUAGGGCGAAUUAUAUGCGCAAGAAGGAAUAUUCUUAUAACACCAUGCAGAAGUGGCUAUAUUGUUUUGCUUCCUGAAGUGCCCACUGAUGUCCCAGAUGAUCCUCUGCUUAAGACACAGGGAAUUCCUGAGAUCAGCAGCCUGUCAACAGAAAAAUGUUCAAGUGCUGUGAGAAAAUAUGCGUUAGACUUUGAGUCGGCAGUUUGGAAGAUAGAGGAUCAGUUGAAAGAAAAUCCAACACAGAAUGUGUUUGCAGACGUGUUGGACCCCCUGGAGAAACAUGGUGCCCCUCUGGACACAACAUGGGGCCUUGUGAAGACCUUGUACCUCACCAAUAAAGAUCUAAUGCCUGUUAGAGUGUAUGUGAACAUUCACAAUAAAGCACGCCAGUCCAGAGCCUUGAAGUUUAGCAGUGAGCCCAUAUACACUGCAUGCAAGGAAGCAAGUGUUAAUAAUGACCUGACAGAAGAACAGAAACGAGUGGUGGGGAAAUACACACUCGAGGGUCGGCUAAAUGGAUUGGGCCUUGACAGUGCACGGCGUCUCAAGCUUCAGCAAACACUUAAACAGAUUACUCAAGAAAAAACUAAAUUCAAGAGCAAAGUUGAGGUUGCUACAAAAAAUUUCCAGCAUAAGAUUGAAGAUCACUCAAUUGUACGUGACUUCCCUGAGGAUGUGCUCAGGAUGAUGGUGUCACACAGUUCACAACCAAACCAGGGUCCAUGGAAGGUCACUCUGAACACACACGUGUACUCCAAGUUCCUUGAAUAUUGUCCAGAUCGUGACAUGCGUUGGAAUGUGUGGCAGGCGUAUACAAGACGUGCCUCUAAGUAUGCUGAUCCAAACCUGGAGAAUAGCACACACCUGGAGGAGCUAAGAUAUCUCAGGAGAUACCAGGCGUCUCUUCUGGGGUUUGAAAGUUUUGCAGCAAUGUCUAUGGAGACAAAGAUGGCUGGUAGUGUAGAGAAGGUGAAGACGAUGAUUACCAGUCUUCUAGCCAGAGCACGUCCGACCCAGGAUCGUGAGAUAUUCGAACUUCAAGAAUUUGCUAUAUCACGUGGUUUCCAGGGUAGCAUACAGCUAUGGGAUCUACCAUACUGGAGGAGGAAGCAGCACACAUCCCUAUUUGGUGUCAGUGAGGACCAGAUAAGAAAAUACUUCCCGCUGCCACGAGUUUUGACUGGCCUGUUUAUGUUGUGUGAGCAGCUGUUUGGAGUGCACAUACAGGAGCGAAAAAGCUUGCACAUGUGGCACCCUGAUGUUCAGUAUUUCGACAUUCUGGAGCCAGACACCACACAACCUGUUGCAGGAUUCUACUUUGAUCCCUACACAAGAGAGGAGAAGCUGAAUACAUACCAAGAUGCAGGCUGGAUGGUUGCAUUACGUGGCCGCAGUUCCUUGGUGAACACAACCCCAUUGGCAUCUCUCGUCUUCAACUUCCCACGCCCUUAUGGAGGGCAACCUGCGUUACUUUCCUUCUCAGAACUUCACCUCUUAUUUCAAAAGUUUGGCCACGCUCUGCAGCAUCUGCUAACAAGAACCUCCUACAUGGAAGUGUCAGGGUUGUCCAAUGUGGAGUGGGAUGCAGUAGAGGUCUGCAGUAAUUUUAUGUCCCAUUGGCUGUAUGACCCUAGCACAAUUGAUCUUAUAAGUGCUCAUGUAGAAACUGGUGAGCCAUUGCCAUCCUCCAUGUUACAACAACUGUGUCUUGCCCAGAGACAUAUGACAGGCUAUGAGCUCUGUAGGGAACUGUACUUGGCAUCUCUGGACCUGGAGCUCCACUCUUCCAAGGAUUUCUGGUUGGACUUGGUGCGAAAACUUUGGCCCCAGUACUUUGCCUUCCCUCUCGAUAGUAAGGAUUCCCACCCGUGCUCCUUCACAGCCAUCAUCUGUGAAGAAUGGGGUGCAGCAUACUAUUGCCACUUGUGGGCACGUAUUGUUGCUGCAGAUGUGUUCAGCACAUUCCUUGAGGCAGGGCUCAGCAAUAAAGAGGAUCUUCAUAUGAUUGGCAGAAGGUUUCGUUCCACAUUUCUUGCGCUUGGAGGUGGCUGUCAUCCUGGAGAGGUGUUCAGAAGAUUCAGAGGGCGUGACCCUUCUCCAAAAGCUCUUUUAAAUUCUCUUGGGCUCAAGCAGUAUGGUGUGAGUGAGGCACCAAGCAGUCAAUGAGAGUCCAAAAUUGAAGGGCUUGGGGCUAGACAAUGACAAGCCACAGAAGUAUAAUUAUACAGGAGAGCAAACUGAAAAUUUUAAGAAAUUCUAUUAAUCUGUUGUCUUUUGUUGUAUUUGAAGUUCUGACAGUGGUAACUAUGAAUAAUUCUGGCUUUGAGUAUAUAACACUCUGUAGUUUGGUGGAAGUCAGCCUGCAUUUUGGAGGAAUAUAUCACCUCCAAGCCAAGAAAGAAAUUAGCAGGCAGCAGGCAGGCUUUGCGUGCCCUGUAAAUGGAUUGAAGAUGUUCCUCCAAAAUGUCAGUUGACUUUCACCAGACAACUUGGCGUUAUAUCCCAGAAGCCAGAACACUUAAUGUUGUCUUCUAUUCUGAUAAAUAGAUGUUACACCACAGUGAUUUACAAGUUAUUUGAAAUAUAUGUGACACAAAGAAAUUCAUAUUUUUUCUCCAGUACAUUGAAAAAAUAAGGAAGUUGUAUAAUAUUUGCAGAAAUUGUGGCUUAUCACUUUAUUAGUCAUAGAGAAUCUGUGUACACAUUAUGGCAUACAGCAUGCCUAUUUUUGGUUCCUCUUCAAUAAAUUAAUGUUUUGAAUUCUUUACAUCA